AUGGCGAACACCAGCGCGUUCGGGGAGACCAGCGCGUCUCUGCACAGCCACGCGCCCGCGGCCUCUGCGGUCAAGCUGGCCUCCCUGGGGCUGAUCAUGGGCGCGAGCCUGCUGGGCAACGCGUCGCUGUCCCUGCUGCUGGUGAAGGACAGCUCGCUGCACCGGGCUCCUUACUUCUUCCUGCUGGACCUGUGCCUGGCCGAUGUGGUGCGCUCGGCCGUCUGCUUCCCCUUCGUGAUGGCCUCCGUGGGCAGCGGCGUGGGCGGCUCGGCCUGGCCCUACAGCCCCCUCAGCUGCAAGAUCGUCGCCUUCCUGUCGGUGCUCUUCUGCUUCCACGUCGCCUUCCUGCUCUUCUGCGUCAGCGUCACCCGCUACAUGGCCAUCGCCCACCACCGCUUCUACUCCAAGCGCAUGAGCCCGUGCACGUGCGCGGCCGUCAUCUGCAUGGUCUGGACCCUCUCGGUGGCCAUGGCCUUCCCGCCGGUCUUCGACGUGGGCACGUACAAGUUCGUCAGCGAGGAGGAGCAGUGCACCUUCGAGCACCGCUACGUGAAGGCCAACGACACGCUGGGCUUCAUGCUGAUGCUGGCCGUGGUGGUGGGCACCACGCACGCCGUCUACGUCAAGAUGCUGUGCUUCGUCUACGACCACCGCAAGAUGAAGCCGGCCCAGCUGGUGCCCGCCAUCAGCCAGAACUGGACCUUCCACGGGCCCGGGGCCACCGGGCAAGCCGCCGCCAACUGGAUCGCCGGCUUCGGCCGCGGGCCCACGCCGCCCACGCUGGUGGGCAUCCGGCAGGCCUCGCACCCGGGCAACAGGAGGCUGCUGGUGCUGGACGAGUUCAAGACGGAGAAGCGCAUCGGGAAGAUGUACUACAUGAUCACGCUGACCUUCCUGGUGCUCUGGGCCCCUUACAUAAGCGCCUGCUACCUGAGGAUAUUUGUGCGCGGGGCGCCCGUCCCGCAGCUCUACUUGACCGCUGCGGUGUGGAUGAGCUUCGUCCAGGCCGGCGCCAAUCCCGUCGUCAGCUUCCUGUUCAACAAGGAGCUCCGGAUGAGACUCAGAGCCUGUUUUUCCUGCUGCCUGGGCACGCAGACGCCCAUGGAGCCGUACUGUGUCAUAUGA